AUGCGGUCUCAAGUUCGUCUUGCCAAGAGAGCCGUAAAUGCAACGCCUCUACCGUACACCGCAUCGCCGCUCAAGCUGGUGUUGAGUGAUAUCCUAAUUGUCUUGAGGAAUUUAUGGGCGUCCCCUGAGCUCAUUUUGCCUCUUUGCCUCGGACACACAAAGCCGCUCGAUGAGCUCUAUCCAUCCUUCCAGACGGGAGUAUCAGUGGUCACUCAGGCGAUCCUUACCGUCGGACAGGUUCUAUUUCUUCUAUCCUUGCCGCUUGCAAUCCUAUUCAUGAUCCCCGCUCUGUGGUUCAUGAUAUAUGUCGCGACCAGUUUGUUCCUGAAUUAUGCGAUCUGCAUGCUGGUUUUGAACGGCUUUCGACGAGUACUUGUAUCACAAGUACCGGUAGACACCUCUGGCCAUGAGCAGGAACAGUGGUUUUUUAUAAAUGGAGUAGCCGGCGGUUACUAUUGGCUACAGAAUAGCAUUGAUCAGUUGUCAUACACCUUUGGUCGGAAGGUGACAGGGAUACACAACCGCACUGCGGGCUUACCUUUUGACCUGAUUGAGUGUCUGAUCCAGCGCGAUUUGGCCUAUGCCACUGGCGAUGUGCGAGUUGCCUAUCCUCUAGUCAAAGAGGCACUUCUAAAUCGCUCUUGUGAGAAAGUGGUCCUCAUUCUUCACAGCCAGGGAGGUAUCGAGGGUAGUUUGAUCAUCGAUUGGCUAUUAAAUGAAAUACCUCAGGAUCUUGUUGCCAAAUUGGAAGUUUAUACAUUUGGAAAUGCUGCUAACCACUUCAACAAUCCUCGUCGAACAUGGCGAUGCGAAAAUGGGGACCGCUCGAGUAUCCAACGAGCCAAUCGGUCUAUUGGAUACAUUGAACACUAUGCCAAUGCGGCAGACCCAGUGAGUUGGCUAGGGGUCCUGCGCUUUGCCAACAUCCCGAAUCGCUACAUGGGCCGGCUCUUUGUUCGCCCUGGAUCAGGGCAUCUGUUGAAUCAACACUAUUUGGACAACAUGUUUACCCUUGGUCCUGACAUGACAGUUCUGGAAUCAAAUCCCUUCAUGGAUAUGGAGGUCGAUACCAAAAGCGACAUGGUACCAGGGGAGACUGUGCAUGACUCAGAGGCAGAGGAUCGCGAAGAGACGCUAUUCCCUGUUCCUCGCAUCGAGAGCUACCACCAUGACCGACGGCCUCUCCGCGUCAAGGAUUUCAGUCGUCUUUGGGCAUAUCGCAAUGGAGGCUCGCCAGAACAACCAUGCAUUGCAUAUUCCUGA